UCUUCGCAAAGGAGCUUGGGUGGGAGCAGACGAGGCGAGGAGGAACUUACAAGUCGCCCAGUUGGCAGAGUGACGAAGUUGUCUUCGGAAACUUGAAGGCUCCCAACUUAACCCACAAUGACUUCGACGAACAUGUUUCAAGGCUUUGACAGUGGGUCAAAACCAAGCUCAAGGGUGCUGCGGCCUCCCGGUGGUGGCUCCAGUAAUCUGUUUGGUGGCUACGAAGAGGAAGUCCCACAGUCCAGAAGACCAAAUAAGAUGGCCUCUAAUGUGUUUGCCUCACCAGAGGAGCCCCAGAGUGCACCCAGGCGCUCCAACCCUCCAGGUGGGAAGAGCAGUGGAAUAUUUGGGGAACCUGAACCUCCAGUCCAACCACAGAGACCCCUUCCCCCAGGUGGACCAAGCAGCAACAUAUUUGGGUCUGGGGAUAGUGCAGAUGUCCACAGCCAAAGCCACCCAAAUAAGCCAAAGGACAAUAUAUCUGUCGGAUCUGUACCUAAAUCACCAGCAACUGAGAUCAAAGUCAGCUCGCCUGAGGUCAAGGUCAUCAAGCCUGAGGUGAAAGAGCAAAUUGGCUCUCCUGCUGUUGUGCUAGCUGAGGAGGAGCCCACUGCUCCUCCAGCCGCCGCCGCUGCUCCUCCACCCGCCGCUGCUCCUCCAGCUGCCCCAGAGCCUACAUCUUCCUCCUCGUCCCCUCCACCGCCUCAUGACAUGAAGAACUACGAGCCACACCUGGGACCCAAGCCUCGCUCUCACAACAGGGUCCUUAACCCCCCCGGAGGAAAGUCCAGUGUGGUGUUCUACUGAUCUUCUGACCCCACACCUUCUCCCACUGUGGGUCUUCUCUGUACACGUUUUGUCUGCUCCCCCAUGCAUCUUCUUUCAUUCCCACGCCCACCACCCCUCAUGAUCAAGCUCUGUUGUUCUUGAAAGCAAAUAGUCUGAUUUGAUGUCCUCAACGUGUUGCACUUUCAGCCUGACGUACAGCCCUACAGCUCUUUUCGGCCUUCAUCCAUUUAAUCCUUAAACCUGCAUUACACAAUCACCUCCUUUUCAAUCAACACGUAGAACCAUUAUGGUUCUAUCUCAAUACUGUUUUAAUACGCCAGACCAUCACUUAAAAGCCUGGGUGUAUGAUCCCUAAAGUUUUGCCUUUUAAGUAAGUCUGUGGCCUUUGAAAUCACGUUCGUUUACCUCAUUGGCUUACUCCAGUCCACCAAUGAGAGCUGUUCUGUUAUCUUUGUUCUCUUUCGUCUAACUCUUCAUGUAAGUGCCAGACACAAAAGGUCUCCUGUCAGAACUGACUCGUCAGGGAACAAAAUACCAAAAAAAUUGACAUUGAAUCAAAGAUGAAUGUGGUUCUUUACUCUAAACUUUUUUCUGCUUUCCCUACAGAAAUUCCAUCUUGAUUUUAUGCGAUUGUGUAGUUUGUGCUUUGCCCUCAUUGCUUGCGUUAUCUGAGAACAUGCCUUUUGUUUUUGUUUUGUUUUUUCCCCCUCGGGGUUGGCCUCUGUUUAUGUUUUAAAUUAAAACAGUUGGAGAUGGGGGGGGGGGGGGAUCUCUGGACAAGCUUGUGGCCCACCUGAGUUCAGGUGAGCUACUUGGGUAUCAGCUCCUCACCCAUUUCAUGAUGCUCCUUGAAGCUAUUCUGGCAACGGCCUGUCCCCUGUGUGUAGAUGUGCCUGGCAGCAAUGAGUGCAGCGGAAUUCAAUCCUGUGUAUUGCAAUAAAAUGUUUUUGCAGUUGGAA